AUGUCCAGAGUCAAAGACUUCUUCGGAAGCCAUUUUUUUGACCCGCAUUGGAAGACGAGGGUUCACAUCGGCAUGAUGGUCCUCAUCGUCGCCGUCAUUGCCCUCACCGGUGCCCGUGUCGCCACGAAACCCAAGGGCACGCCGACUACCCGCUCCGAUACGCUGGGUAUCACGAUGGCCGUCAAGAGCAUCGUCUUCCUCAUCUACCAGUUGCUCACCGACAAGGUCGACCGGUUCAGAAAGUGGAGGAGCCUUAAGGCGUAUGCAAUCCUCAACACCCUCGAGAUCGUAUUUUGGUUCGUCGUGAUAAUCAUCACGUUUAUGGGGAUAUCGAGGUUCUGCCAAGGUGCAAGCUGCGCCUGUGCGUGGUUUGUCGCCCUCAACGCCUUCAUGCUCAUGGCAACAUCUUUCUGGGCAGCUGUCAUUUGCUGGAAGGAUCACAAGUACUUUAAGAGUACUGGUGUUGUUCGUGGGACGGCGCUCCCAACACACGCCAUGAACAGCUCGGCGUACUCGUCGCAGUCGGCCAUGAAAUAG